ACACACACAUACACACACACACACACAAGCAUACAUUCAUGUCCAUUUCUCGCUUCCUGGAUCCACAACGACUUUAAUACUAGCUAGGCAUAUUUUCUGCACAUGGGGCUUGGGAAGUGACUAAAGAGCAAAGGACUGAUUCAGUGAGUGGCUGAGUGACUGGGUGACUCGAGGGAUUGACGAGCAUGAUACGGCAAUAAGAAAGAAUUCGGUUCGUGUGUCUGCCGUGCGUGUCCUUCUUCCAGAGACGCGAUACAGUCGUCAAUUGUUCCUCGUACCAUCAGGUGAUCAGGUGGUAUUGAGCUUCCCCCCACCACCCCCACCAGCCCCACCACCGUUCACGCCUGCCUUCCCUACCGUAAACAGCAUGUUGUGGUCGCUGUUGUGCCGCAACCGUGGUCUGGUGUCGCGGAGCAAUGCUCCUUUCACUUGCGGUCAUGGGCCUCGACUCCGCUUCGAUGAUUUGGGCUGGAUUCGGCCGGAGGCCGGUGGACUAGCGGCCAUAAUGGCUUCGGCCUCUCUCUUCACCGGCCCAUCUUGGGCCCGCUCGGGUUUUUACGCUCAAGUGGAAGCUCAGGAUUUAUGGAAGUCGAGCACGAGUGUGAGUGCUCAAGGUCGCAAACGAGGGCGAGCCAAAGGUUUGGUUCGCAUGAAGAACCUGAAUAUUGGGCAGAAGAUGGGAUUCGGUCCGGCCCAGAUUUCCUGGCCCGGUCUCACACGCAACGCCUUGACCAACACUGGCCGUACCCGCAUCCAGUCCUUGCCUUCCACCGAACUUGAAGCAUAUCAAAGCGAAUUGCAAGCCACUCGCUUGCGUUUAUCGGCCCGUCGUGGAAUGGGUGGACGGAAAAUGAGCCCUUUAGAACGCGGUUGGUCCGGUUCAAAUCCCCAAGGCAAAAUUUUCGGGCCUCCCAAAUCAGCCAGUUCAUUUCUGACGUUUGACGACUUCAAAAGCGUGUUGAUCGAAUAUAAGAUGCUCGUGGGCAUGACGGGCCGAUUUGGUCGUGUGCGAAAAGUUAGCCAGCUCAUGCUGACGGGGAAUGGCAAGGGUGUGGCCGGGUUUACAUUGAUUCAUUGUCCCACGGGUCGAGGAUUCAAGGCCUUCCAAAACGCAGUCAAUCGUGCAGGACUGCGCCUAUGUGUAUUUGAUCUUUACGAGGAUCGAACGGUAUAUCACAACUUCUUCACGCAAUUUGGAAACACCAGGAUCUUUGUACGCCAAAAGCCAGCCGGAUAUGGCAUCAAAGCACAUCGCACCAUCAAAUCCGCUUGUGAUGUCAUUGGGAUACGAGAUAUAGAAGCUGUGGUUGAAGGAGCUGAUAACUACAACCAUAUUAUAAAGGCGUUCUUUUUGGGCUUGCUCCGACAGCGGUCUCAUCAAACUUUGGCCGAUGAGAAACAAUUACACUUAGUCGAACUUCGGGCUGAAAAUGACUUUUUCCCUAAGGUGGUGGCAUCUCCUAGCAAUAACGAAGUACGAACGCAAGCCGAAAUCCCUCCCACUGAAGUACUCGAUUUCGAAAUGAUUUGUCAUGACGGAUUUAUGCCCGAGUUCAAUAAUGAAGAGAACGUGCGACCUCAUUACAUGCGUUAUUCCGAAGAAGCGCAAAAGCGUUACGUCAAAAAGACGAGAAUAAGUUGGCACCACUACGAGCGUCGAAUUGAGAUGUUGGCUGAGGAUGGAGCCAUCGCUUCCCACUUGACCGAUCGUUAUCCGGAAUGCGUCCCGUCUGUUUUUAUUAAGCGGAAGAAUGAGGAUAACGAAGCUGAGGAAGAAUAUGAUUAAUGUCGAUAGAAAAAAAGUCGAUAAAGCGAAGAAAAUAAAGACAUUGAAGAAGAAAAGACUGACUAAAUCAACUAUGAAAAGAUUAAGUAGUACUUUCAGUGGGUGAAUCUCAAAAUCCGUCCAGAAUUUUUCAAAAUUCACAUCUUGGUAUCAUAAAUGAAGCAAAGGAUCCCCGAAAAGUUACAGUUUCAUAGUUCCUGUCCGUGAUGUUUCUGUUUCGAUUGUUGGUGAGAGAGAAAUCCUCAGUUAAAACUGUAAAUAUAAAGCGUUUCAUGAUUGGAGCUAUUCAAAUAUGACUAUCUAGAGACCAAGA